UUGAUGUUAGAAAAGAUUUAAAUGUAUCUGUGAAUCACGAAAACAGCAAUUUCAAUGUAGAAGUGACUUUACCGUCGUUAUGGACCACAGACAACACUUUAUGUAGCAAAGGUACUUUUAUUCAAAAUAAUAAUAACAGCGCCAAAUCUAGUCAAGCCGAGAAUAUAGCCGUCGAUUUUGUAAAUAUGGAUGUCCAUAAUAAGGAAGAUUAUUCGAUACAAACAAUUGGAUGGGGCAAAAUUAAACCGAAAUGUUUGCAAAGGUUUUGCAGUGCAAAAUGGGCGCUGUUCUGGUUAUGCUGGGGUGGAGCUAUGCAAGGGUUAAUUGUUAAUGGAUUUAUUAAUGUGGUAAUUACUACAAUCGAAAGACGGUUUGGUCUUCGCUCAAGUCAGACUGGAAUUAUUGCCAGUGGCUAUGAUAUAGCCUCAUUUAUUUGUCUUGUGCCCGUCACCUAUUACGGCGGGCGUUUCGGUACUUCUAAACCGAAAAUAAUUUCAUUAGGUAUCGUGCUCAUGGGAUUAGGCUCUUUUGUGUUUGCAUUGCCGCAUUUUUUAGUCGACAAUUAUCGUGCUACUUUACUGAAUAUUGACACAUGUUCAAAUGCGACUACGAAUAAUAGAAAUCAUGAAAUUUCCACCGAUGCUGAAAACCUCACAUGGACAGUUUGGUUAUUUUUCUUCGCUCAACUGUUGCAUGGAGCUGGCGCAUCCCCACUUUUUACUUUAGGUGUUACAUAUAUAGAUGAAAAUGUUUCGAAGAAAAUGUCAUCUGUAUAUUUAGGAAUUUAUUACACAAUGGCUAUAAUUGGACCUGCUGUGGGCUAUGUUUUAGGUGGACAGCUUUUACUUAUCUACACAGACUUUAUGAGCGUGGAUGCUGAACAAAUUGGGGUAAAUUUUCGGAGUAAUGUGUGGAUAGGAGCUUGGUGGAUCGGAUUUGUAUUUUCGGCUUUGAUAUGCGUUUUGAUUGCAGUACCAAUUUUCGGAUAUCCGAAAUCGCUUCCAGGCGCUGAAAAAUUACAAUCUGAAAAGGUUUCAGAGGCUUAUAAUGCUGAUGAUGUACUAAAGAAAGAACAAAAGUUUACAAAGUUUAAACAACUUCCAGUGGCACUUUUAUCACUUCUGCGUAAUCCAACAUUCGUUUUUUUAAAUUUAGCUGGUGCCUCAGAGGGAUUACUAAUAGCUGGAUUCGCAGCAUUUUUACCAAAACAAAUAGAAAACCAAUUCAGUAUAUCUCCAGUAUGGGCUGCGCUAAUAAUGGGUCUUAUUACAGUUCCAGCUGGCGGUGGUGGCACAUAUCUCGGAGGAUAUUUAGUAAAAAAGCUUAAUUUGACUUGUGCAGGAAUUAUAAAGUUAUGUUUACUGGUCACGUUAUUGGCUAUAUUUUUUACGACCUGCUUCCUUUUCACAUGCCCUAAUUUAAAAUUUGCGGGAGUCACCUCUAGUUAUUUUAUAAAUUUGAACGAAGCAGAUACAAUCAAAAAGGCAAAAACGGAAAAUAACUCAGAUCUAUAUCUUGAUAAACUGAAUGCUGCAUGUAACGUGAAUUGUGGAUGUAAUCGAUUUGACUAUGAACCGAUCUGUGGUAUUGAUGGCAUGAUGUAUUUUAGUCCAUGCUAUGCUGGUUGUAAAGAAGAGCAUGACGUAAACCACACAAAGGCAUAUACUGAAUGCAGUUGUAUUAAUACAGAAUUUAAUAAUUAUAAUAGUUCCUUAAUGCCAGCAGCAACAAAUGUAAUGUGCAAAUCGAAAUGUGAUUAUUUAAUGCACUUUUCAGCGCUCUGUACCGUGCUUAUGUUAUUUACUUUUCUAGCCUCAAUGCCAGCACUCUCUGCUACUUUAAGAUGUGUUCAUGAUGAUCAACGAUCUUUUGCACUUGGUAUCCAAUGGAUCAAGGUGCGUUUAUUAGGCACAAUUCCAGCACCGAUGAUUUUUGGCACCUUAAUUGAUAAGAGCUGCAUACUUUGGCAAAAGAUUAACUCCGAUUUAUUGGAAACGGGUGCAUGCUUGGUUUAUGAUAAUAAACAUAUGAGCACGUACAUGCUGUGGCUUGCGUUUAUUGCCAAAUUAUUCUCGACGAUAUUUUUCUUUGGUGCUUGGUGGUUUUAUAUUCCUCCUAAACAUAUGAGCAACUGCGAAGUAAGUACAAAUGACGUAGGAUCCAAAAAUAAUCCAGAGAAGUCAACUGAAAAUACUAACUAAAGAAAGAAUUUUAUGACAAUCACAAUGACAGAUGUGCUCAUGUGUGUUUCAUCAGGAAAAUAAAAUUACAUAAAUAAAUUCAUACUUACAUUAUAAAACGUUGCAUGUGCAAUCGAAUAUUUACU